CUGUCGGCAGGCGACAAGCUGGGGCCUGAAGAGGCGUUCGACGCCUCCGCGCACGCACAACAACUUCAGACGAUGACCUCCACAAUGGGAAUAAUGACACUCAGCCGCGGCCCGUGUGACCUCGACAACAUGAGUCUGUUCCAAGACCUCAAACUAAAGAGGCGGAAAGUUGACUCUAGAUGCAGUAGCGAUGGCGAGUCAGCCGCCGACACCAGUACGUCGUCGCCGGAUCCGGGCCCGCCGUCGCCGCGCAUGGCCGAAGCGGGGUGCAGCACGCCGCCGCACCCUCCGCCCGUGUUCGACGGCGGCGGUUCACCGUUGCCAUCGCCUGCUUGCCACCCCACCGUAAUUCGCUCUGCGCCGCCAUAUUCCGUCAUUAAAUUUGAGGGAGCACCAUCUGCCAUUAAAAUAGAGAAUCAAACCCCUAUGAAACAUGACACACCUUCGCCUUCUCAACUCUCCUCGGUGAAGUUAGAAGGCACACCGCAGGAACCACCCCAGCCGUACAGGCCUCGAGUUCUUGCUCCACCACCACCCGGAUCACAUACAUCACUCUCGCCGACUGCAUGGCCACCGGCGGCUUGUAUCAAUGGUGUUAAACCAGAACUUAUUGGUGGACAUUUCCCAACGCAAUCUUUGGAACACAAAUCAGGUGCGAGAGGACCCACGCAAUGGCGAGGAACGCCGGCAGUCAUAAUGGGAGAAUCAGGUGGAGUACGGACAAUGUUUUGGACGUUACCCGCUCCUACUACUAGCGGAGAGCCAGCAGCAAGUGCUUCUCAUACUCCAACACCUCCUACUCCCGAUCCGACUAACUGCACUGAAGAAUCUGCAGCAAGAUUGCUUCUGAAUCUAGGUGGUGAUCUUAGGCGACCGCGGGGACCACCUUUGAAUAUGGAACUGUUAUGGGCCGGUGAUGUAUCGCAACUUCCUGCGCAUCAACAGUUACAUGCAUUAAAUUUAAGUCCUACAGCAGGGAGCAUACCAGGUGCAUCAGCUGUAGCAGGAGCCAGCGCACUAGCUCUUCCACGACCUGAAUUACGUGCCUAUGCUCCUGAAGCGGAACGUGAUGAGGACGAUCAACCUAUGAUUUGUAUGAUAUGUGAAGAUAAAGCAACGGGACUUCAUUAUGGUAUUAUCACGUGUGAGGGGUGCAAAGGUUUUUUUAAACGGACUGUACAAAACCGGCGAGUUUAUACGUGCGUCGCCGAUGGUGGCUGUGAAAUUACGAAAGCACAACGGAACAGAUGCCAAUAUUGCCGGUUUAAGAAGUGUAUUGAACAAGGAAUGGUAUUACAAGCUGUACGAGAGGAUCGGAUGCCAGGAGGGCGGAACAGCGGUGCUGUCUAUAAUCUGUACAAAGUUAAAUAUAAGAAACACAAGAAAGCAAAUAAAGCAGCGACGGCGACAAGUCGAGCAUCGCCACCUGAAAAACCUAAAGAACCCCUACCACCGCUCCCACCGCACCUUGUUAAUGGUACCAUUCUUAAGACUGCGCUCACCAAUCCUAGCGAGGUGGUCCAUCUAAGAGCGCGCCUCGAAAGUGCUGUGUCUUCGUCACGGGAUCGUGCUGUUCCUUUAGACAGGGCAUUACAUAUGAUCCGAGCAUUAAUCGAUUGCGACGCAAUGGAAGAUAUAGCCACCGUUCGACAUUUACCAGACUUGCUUCAUGAUACAUCGGAAAUUGGUGACAAACUUUGCAAAAUUGGUGAUUCAAUUGUCCAUAAAAUGGUGGCGUGGACGAAGAAACUUCCAUUCAUAAUGGAAAUACCUAUGGAAAUUCAUUCCAAGUUAUUAAUGGAGAAAUGGCACGAGAUCUCAGUCCUGACGACGGCGGCUUACCAGGCGAUGCAUGGGAAGCACGCACACACGCAGCCUUCUUCAGAUCAUGAACACGAUUUUGUACAAGAGGUUAACGCCAACCUGCGGACUCUGCAAAACUGUCUAACGUCGUUAAUGGGCAGGCCCAUAACGUUAGAACAGCUAAGACUAGAUGUGGGACUCGUCGUUGAGAAGAUGACACAGAUUACAUGCGUAUUCAGACGUAUCCAGCUCAGGAUGGAAGAGUACGUGUGUCUAAAGGUCUACAUACUUUUGAAUCAAGAAGUCGAGUUGGAGAGCAUUCAGGAUAGGUAUGUGCAGGUGCUACGAAGUUACUUGGAACACGCAGCUCCGCACCACCCCGGGCGGCUUCAGGAACUCUUCGCCAGGAUACCCGAGAUCCAAGCCGCUGCAAACCUAUUGCUCGAAAGCAAAAUGUUCUACGUGCCCUUCGUGUUGAAUUCGGCUGAGAUCAGAUAGUAUAUGGCACAACAGGGUGUAUAGUUCUCGAUGUACGAGCGGCUUACCCCUCGCCCGAGCCCACGCCGCACCCUCGUCUUAUGAUCACCGCACAUAGAACCACCCUGUGUUCAGAGCACCGGUCCAGCACAAGUUCGUACAAAUGUUACUCGGGCACAUAGACAAUGCUGUUCAUUCAGCACUUUAGUUCUUGACUUUAUGUGAAGUUAUUGCUCGCAAAUGCAAACAUAACGAUUUAAAAGUAGAUCUACUCGUAAUAGCACUAAGGUUUAUGAUCAGAUAGCAAGGAGUGUGAACUACGAGGGACGAGUGGUACAGACUUUCGCGGGCUCCUCUGUGUUAGAGCUGAAGAAGUGCACACAGUCAAUUCUCCCCACAUUCAGUAUGUACCUACGAGUACCUUCUUUUGUGAGUGACAGUUAAAAGCACGAGAAAAGUGCGGUACGUUUUAUACCUUUGUUGAAUCGAUGUGUGAAUUGGUUUUAUUGUUUAUUAGAGGAAUUAAAACGUCCCAAUCGACAGACUGAUUUAUUAUUAAAUACUUAGUGAUAAGAACCAGGGACUUGAAUGCGUGUUUUAUACGUGGUAGUGUAUACUACAUAGUGUUAAAUAGAAUAAAAUAUAUAAUUAUGUUACUAUUUAAUUAUGUCAGAUGGAGAAUCGCAUAAUAUAUUAUUUCUGUAAAUAUAGAAAAUAGUUUAUAUAAUAAGAUGUUGUUUUUAAACAGAAUUGUUUCUUGUAAAUGGAAUAUUGCUGUUUUAGUUUGCAUUUUGUAUCCUCUAGGAUUAACCACUAGGGUAUAUUGCUGGGUGUGUAAUAUUGAAAGUUUUAAUUUAAUUUUAUAUGACUUGUUCAUAUUAAUAUAAGUAGCACUAAGUACCUACUCUCAGUUUUCUAAGACUGCUUGUUUACAUACAACUACUGUUUUUCAAUAACUAAUACGGCGUUCAUUCGCACGGUUCUUGUAGUCACAACUUAAGUAUGCAUUUUUAUUGCCAAUAUUUUCGCAUAACACUAAACUUGUUUAUAUGUUAUGUCCUACAAUAUACUUCUCUUGAUUCUGGUCUAACUAGGUGUAAGUAACCGGUUCUACGUGUGUGUUUGUCACUUGUUUCAUUGUUAUGUCCGCGUGCACUUACAUGAUAAAUAACACUGUUUGGUUCCACAAUCCACAUACGUGCAAUGUUGUUUUUGGACUCAUACCAAAUAUUCUAUUCGAAUAGGAUGAAUUUUGAAGCAGAUAGAUGUGUGAUAUUUUCCACUUUUGUGUUUUAGUCUUGCUACUUGCGUAUAGGUGCUUGAGAAUUUUACCAACCUUAUUUAUGCUCUGCUUCCUUUGAUGUGUUCAAACGUAAAUUGUGCUCAAUCUUUUAAUAUCAUUUUAAACAUACUCAGUGUUAUUGUCAUUUUUAUAAUCAAACAAUCCAGAAAAUUCUAAUUCUAAAUACUACUAGUGCUAUUGUAGUAUAUUAAAUUUUGACGUGGCUGAUAAUAAUGAUCUCUAAUCAUUUAUACCCCACUAAUGUUGAAACCUCGCCAGUCAUUCAAUUUGGUGUUUGUUUUCACACAAUUAAAAGUAUCUAUAAUGAAUAUCGAUGUAAGUACAAACCAAUACGGUAUUAAAUAUGUUUCUCUACAUCA